GCCGCCUGCAGCCGCCCGGGAUGGUCAUGGCAGGGAUCGGAAACGACGGCCUGGACGGGUCCUCCGGCCUCUGUCUGCAGAGCAGCUUCGACCUGGCCUCCCUGGCCGCGCUCGGCAGCCACCGCGAGGGGCUGACGGUGGCCCCGGUGAGCUCCUUCAGCAGGAGCCGCACACAUGCCUCUGUGCGAUGUGGAAAGAAGCAUAAGCUAGAAGAAGAGGCAGAAGGCUGUCCUGUGCGGAAGAAGAGACUGACAGGAGCCAAAAAUUGCCCUUUGAAUCCCAACACUGAAGAAUGGAUUCUUUGUGCAGGUCAGCAGGCAGCUGGGGAGGUAGCAAGUCAGUAUGGUGGCAGCAGUCCUGAACCUGCCAUGUUAGAAAUUCCCUGUGAAGAAAUGGAUCAGACAAUGGGGGAACAGCAAUGCGAGGUUGCUCGCAGGAAACUUCAGGAAAUUGAGGACAGGAGCCGUCCUUCUAUGGAGCUGGUGCUUUGGAAACCUCUUCCUGAAUUUAUGACAGAUAAACUGAAGUCUGUUUCUGUUAAGAACUUCAAGCAGCAGAGUACAGAAGUGUGUCAAGCUAAGCAGCCAACACCAAGAGCUCCUUUUGACCCACAGACUGAAACGUUCCCUGCAUCACAACAGACUGCCAUGUCUCCAGAUCCAUAUGCUAGUUUGGGAAUAUCAGGGUGUGCAGAAGAAGAAAUGGAGUUGUAGGUGCCAGAUUUUAGACUGGAAGUGGUGAGCUUCUGAUGCUUAUUGUUGGUGUUUUGUUUUUUUUUUUUUUCUGGUUUGAUGUGUGAACCUCAAGUUAUAUUAUUUGUUUUCUGUUUUCUUACUAACAGUCAUAAGCACACCACAAUCAUAGGGUGGCCAGGAAACACCCUAAGAUUUCUGUGUUCCUAUCUGUUAAAUAUUCUUACUUUUACUCAAAAGGUAAUUCAGAGGCCUUUGGAACAGGGAGGUAGCUUUCCAUCUUGCUUAAUGGUGAAAUAUCCUCUUAAUUGCCCUUGGAAAAUAUAAAAUCCAAAUACUGAAUGUAACUGUGGCUUAAGCCACAACUUUCUCUUACUGAGCCAUUGAAACUGGUGCACAUACUAUGCUUGGCCAUUUGGUUUAAUUUGCAUUACAAAAUGUAAAGGAAGAAAUACCUUCAAAUCUGGUCAUGGAUAGAAAAGCAGCCCCUCUGGUAAUACAGUUUUUCACACCAUCUUAUCUGUUUGGACUUGAUGUAAACUCAGAUGUAGAAAUUAUAUAAUCCAUGGGGUGGUAGGGAAGGAAUAUUACAGCUGAGCUUAAGUUUUUUGCUUUGUAGAAAGUAAAGCCAGCAUUUAUAAUUUGCAGGAUACCUGCUAACUUCAGUCAUCUUUGGUUCAUUGGCUUCUAAAUUUUAUUUGUGGGUUUUUGAUGUUCCCCUCCCCAAACAAUACAAAGUUUGGAGAAAAGUGAUUCUCAGCAAAGAAAUUGACAUUUUACAUUGUGCCGAGAUUCUUUGUAUGCAUGGAGUUGAAAAGUCAGUUGAAGACAGAUUUCUGAUGAAACGAAUGGCAUCCAUUAAUUUGGAUAAACAUGAUAAGUAAAUGAGAUAACAGGGAGCUGCUUGCUGCCAUUAGGAGGGUCAAAUGCUGGAUUAUUGUCUGUACCCAAGUCCCAGCCUUUAGGUGGUGAAGUAAAGGAGAUGCCUGUCUUUCCUGAGAGAAUCUAGACAUAAAAUUUAAGCCACAGUAUGUGCCAAUAAUAUAGCAUCACAUUGUUUAUACAGAUGUAUGCCAAAAGAAUUUUCUACCCUGCACAGGGUGCCAAGGAAAGGAAUCCACAAUGAGCUAUAGCUUGUACCUUUUCUCAAUACGCAGCAGUUCCUUAUGCUUAAGGUUCUCUAACUUGUUUAAGGGUUUUAUCUUUUGUUCAUAAGUCCUUCAGCUUUCUCAGAGAUACCUGAAUUGAGGCUUUUCAUAAGUAACUUUCCCAGUAACAGGUUCUGUUCACAGUCCUACGUCCCUGUAUGUUUUUGACAUCUUGCUAACAUAAAGGAGCAAGUACACAGUAACACAGCUGCUCACGUAAGAAAAUCUACUCUUAUGCACAGCUAAGAGAUAAUCCUUUUGAUAAUAUUCAUUACUGCUGAAUAACCAUAGCUGAAAGUUUAAAAUCAAACUUCUCUUUCUGCAGUCAUCCUUUAUUUCCUUUUGGUUGUUGUCUGUUUGUUAAACCUGUUUAUCUUGCUGCUUUUGUUGAAGGUGGUCUGAAAUUUUCUGUCUCUUGAUAAAACAUUUCAGGGCUUCACUGAAAACACUCCAGCAUUUGAUUAGGUAUUACUCUGGAAGCCAGUAGACACCUGUACCAUUCUGGAUGGUUUAUUAAGUUGAAGAACAUGUGCAGCCUAUCUUGCUAUAAUGCCUAAUUCCAUUUCAGGGUCUGCUAUGAAUCUCUUGCAUGAACUGUGUAAAAUUUCUUGCAUAUUAUUAAGCUGCUGAACAUGUUUAAAACCUAUAGCCUUUGAUGUGCUCCAGUGCUUGAGUAGAACAUAAAGCAGUACAGUUUGGAGAAGGCUGUAGUCACUGCAGGUAGAAAAUGUGGUGCCUCCAAGUAAGUAGCUGGUUUCCAGCUUGCUGGAUUAUAGUGAAAGUUCAGAGGUGGAAGUAUUUUAGGGGGAAGCUCUGAAUCCUAAAUAAACUGAAAAGAAAGGAUGGAAAUUUCAAAAAUGUGAUGGAACCAUCUCAGCAACACCGAAGUUACAACAGAAGAUGUAAAAAAACCUGUAGGAGGCCUAAAUAUAUCAAAUGAUGCAGUUGUUUUCCUCUUAAAAACACAAAAUUGCUAUUACAUUUGCAGAAUAUGAAGCUGCUGUAGAUGGCUUUUAAGCAUACUUUUUUCCCUGCUAGGUUUGUACCAAAGGUUGUCUUUCAGAGGUGUCUUUCUUAAUUCAAUGCCAGUAGGGCAUCACUGACCUGUUACCUGCCAUCUAGAACAAUAAUAUAGUGAUGCACUGUUGACAAAAAUUAUGAGAUGGAGAAAAAGUUGUCUAAGAACUUUGCUUUGAAAGAAAACAUUUGCUUUCAUUUUUUCACAAUGCAUUUCUGCUCUUGUGCUAGGAGACAGUGGGUUUGAGUUGAUAGAAGAGUGGGCUAGAAUGGGAACCAAGUGACAGGAGCACUGAGCUACAGCAAUCACUUGGAGAGGGUGAUUGGAUGAGAGAUCAAGCUGUGGGCAUUUACAGACUUCUGUAUUUGUGAGUUUCAAUUGUUGUUGUCUUCAUUAAAAGACUUUUAUUAAUGCUGUUCACAGAUGGGAUGGAAAUGCAAUGCAGUAUUAGGAGAAACCUUAUUUUGAAAUAUGGAAGAUCUGAUUCUGGUCUGUCUUCUCUUGGGACCAAAUCACCCUUUGUAUGUCAGUUUUCAAUAAAUUUUCUAAAAUAUUUUUUAGAUGACUGUUUCAUUCCUGGUAAGAGUGAAUAAACCUUGGGAGCCUAUCUACAGUCCUUCAUCUGGACAGUAAAGUACUCUUCUGGCUUAAGAAGAUUUGAAUCUAACUAUGUUAUAUCAAAGGCAUGCCCCUUUUUUCCUCCACAGUAUUCAGCAGGACAGGGGAACACAACAGCAGGGUAGAAUAAACCUGUAGCUGCCGGGAAAGAAGACUUGUUUUAAGUCUGUCAUGACCCAAAGGCCUCUGACAAAGCACCAGGGGUACCAAAUAGGUGUUGCUAUAGUUUGUGUUUUCAGAUGUUUCAUUUUACUGCAGAAUAAAACUAUUUAGAACUAAGCAAGCUAGGUAUUCCUGAAGUUAAGGACAGUUUGAGGAGAGUUUUCAAGUCAGAUUUUAAUGAAUUUGUUGGAAUGUAAGAUUUUGCUUUUUUGUGUACCAUCUUAGUGGACUUGAUUCUAGUAAAAAAUACUAGUGCUUAUAGGAAUUCUGAAUGGUAGCAGGCUUCUAGGUGCCAAACAAGAGCUAUUUGUGUUUUUAGUGUAAGAGAUCUCAGUAACUAUUAACAGCUUGUUGUGAGACCCAGUGCUUGCAGUAAGUCAGGAUAAGGCAUGCCAGGAUAGAGCUGUUAAGUUGAAAAAGGGAAGCAAACCAGUAUAAAGGCCCUGUUCCUGAACAUUUCUCUCUCCUGUGCUUAACAAGGUUGAAAUGUUAAGCACAUCCCAUGUCCUACUGUGACAGAAAGGAGAUUGUAACUCAAUUUUUCUUGGAUUUUUUAGAUGUUGAAAUGGCUUGCUCAUGCUUUCCAGGAGGGGUUGGGGCUCUGUAGAAGGGUGCUAACAAAAUGUAAUGCACAACUACAGUUCAAAUCCUCACUUUGCUUUUUUUUGUGGACUCGCAACAAUUUAUUUGAUACUCUUGCAGUCAUCCCUAUUUUCCACAUUGAAAGUAAAGCAAUUUAUUCUUCUGACUACCUGGAUUUUCAAUCUAAAUUUUUUAUACUGCACAGCUGUAGUCUUUACUUCUACCCACUUUUCAGGUAGAAUCCUUCAUUAUAAGCUAGGUUACUGAAGCUUGUAAUCCAAGGCAGUCCUGUCACCUGGAAUGUUACUGACUGAAACAUCUCUGCUUUUCUUUCUUCCCCACCCUAAGUUAUUUUUGUCAAAAUUGAAUGCAAAACAUGAAAUGGUACUGAAACCAAUAACAGCUGUGCCAACACCUGCAACAGCUCUCUUAUUUUCAGUAUAUAAUUUCUUCUGUCUCUCCAAGUGUUUUUAAUAUUGUGAUAAAUACUAUAUACUGGAGCAAAUGAAUGUGGACGAUGUGAAGUCCUGCUGUGGUAUUUGAAAUUAGCUCCUGCCAAGUCCAUGUGAUGCUUCAGUAUUUUCUGUGGUAAUACAGAAGCAUCAACCAUUUUCACUGUGUCUGUCACACCCACCUCCCCUCAGACUGAGAAUUUUGGACAGCAUUACUGGCCACCAGGGUGCCACCAUUGCCCUGACUUUUGAGUAUUCAGACUUCAAGCUCCUGCCAGCUGCCUGCCUUACAGAGGAUGAAGGUUUUGCCCUAGUAGCUCUGGCCCUCACACAAACCCCUCUACCACAUCCCAAAGGGGAACUGCUGAAGCAUCCAGCUGCAGACGCCCUAUGAGCACUGCUCAUAGUUGUGGCAGGAUGAGACACCAAGAGACCUGAACUUCUCCAAGGCCCAGAUAUUCUCCCCUCCCCACUGAGUUCUAAAGCAAAAAAGCAUCAGUGAGCUGCACUGCAUUUUAAUUGCACCAAUACAGUUAAAUAUUAAAUGGACAAAGCAACUCUACAUAGCAAAUGGAAAACAAGCAUUUAGUGAAGCUGUAAGACUUGGAGACUAUUAAGGUCUAGCCCAGUUGUCUAUACACGAAUAUCCCACUUUAGUUUUUGGUGUUAAAAUUUUAACCAGAAAACAAAACAUUUUCAGGUUCAUAGAGAAUGAGCAAGUUAUUGAGUAACAAACCUGCCUCUCUCCUAAGCAAACACUGACUGGGGGGAGCCAGGGCAGGACAGGACACCCUAGGCUUUUUCAUACCAUCACGCCAUCUACUAGCAUGGGUAAAGAUGAGAAACACUUUUCUGAAUGGACUGGAUUUUCCCCACAUACACCCCAAAGGGGCAUAUGCUGAUAUCCUGCCAGGACAGUUAUCCAAGGGGAGUGAACACUACCAGG